AAAGGCACAGAGACACAUAUGCCGACAAGCAAUGGAGAUGAGUAAACUCAAUGUGAGGCGAAUGCGAGGUAACGAUCAAGGGAUUGUUGAAAAUGACUCCCCAGCAGAACCACAUGGCAGCAGCCCUGCUCGACCUGUUUCUGCUCUUGUUCGUCUCUACGUGUAUGCGCUGCAUGGCUGCCUCUGCGAGGUGGCCUUCACUGCUGUGUGGGACUGGUGCAGCACCCAGGACAGGAGGCUGGCAGGCCACAGCAGUCUGUGGGCGCUGCCCAUGUAUGCCACAGCAAUCUAUCUCAUGGAGAGGCUGAGGGCCCUGAUGCUCGCUCAGAAUCACCCACUGACUGUGCGGCUCGUGCUCUACACUGUUUUCAUCUACCUGUGGGAGUUCAGCUGGGGUGUGGGGCUUAGUUUGUUGGGAGCCUGUCCAUGGGACUACUCAGGCCAUAGGUACAACCUGAGAGGACUGAUAACUCUGGACUAUGCACUUCCCUGGGCUGUGGCUGCAUAUAUAGCAGAACAGCAUGUGAUCAGGCACACUUUAAGAAUAAGACUGCAUAACUGA